GUAGUAUAUUCUGCUGCUUCCGAGACGUACCUACAUACGUGUGUGUGUUAAUAACAUUCGACUGCACAACUACAGUUUUGAUUUUCUCAUCUUAUUCGUCUUUAAUUUUCAACAAUCAAAAUAUAAUGGCAAGGUUCGCGAUCAAAGCCCUCGUCGUCACGGCGCUGGUGUGCCUCGUUUUUGACUGUGCUGUUUGCCAAAAAUUAGAAACAUUUCGAGUUAUGAAACAACAUUUAGAAGAUCUAAUGGCAGGUAAAACAAACGUCAUGCUUGACGAUCAUUCAAACUUUAAGACCAAGAUCCAAAGUCCGAUCAAUGAUUGGAAUAAGGAAGCCACUGACGCUAUCCAACAUGGUACAAAUGUAUUAAUAGACUCGUUUCGGUUGACCGAUGAAGCUAUUCAAAAGUCCACUGAUAGUGUUAAAUCUGACAUCGAAAAUGAUAAGAAAACUAAAAAAGUAACGUGAAUGGUUUGAUUAUUGCAUUGAAUAAAUUCAUGUUUUACUUUUUUUUUUAAUAAAAUAUAAUAUACCUAA